AUGGAUGACUCUGAUAGAUCCAGAUGCCCGUAUGUGGUAGGAAACACACUGGAACUCCGGCUCAAGACACCGAAAUGGGGACCAAGGAUGGAAGUCAGAAUCAUGCGGACCUUUCACCCAUUCACAUGGUCAUCGACGAUGGUUGUCCAACCGACCCGCCCUACUGCCGAACUGAAAGGCGAUAUGGUGCUGAAAGUCUUCGACCGACGUUAUGCAGCAGGUCACAGAGAGAAUGAGAGGAUGAUUUCAUGCACCCCAGACUUCACGCCAAGUUGUCAUUUGUCUGUUAUGGAUGGUGAGGCGGGCGAGCCUAUCACCGAGCUCAGUCUCAGGGAGCACUUACUCGGUCCAGGUAAAGAGACUUCGAGUUCUUCUUCUGAAGAACUAAAUUUUGAUGAAUCCAUGGACAAUCUCUACAAGACGGAAGUCGAGGCAUACAACACUCUGGCUGAUUUGCAGGGGCAUUGCAUACCCCGCCUCCUUUCGUGUGUGACAGUUCCUGUUUCUGCACCUGCUCUGACGCAUGACCCGGUACCUCGUGAAUACGCUGAUGUUCCCGGUAUGCUGUUACAGUAUAUCAAGGGGUUCCGUCUGGACAACCUACCUCUUUCCGCCCCAAAAAUCACCUGGCAAACCAUCUGCGAGGAUGCGAUUCGAACCAUUCAUCGCAUCGGCGAUCGAGGCGUGCUGAACCAAGAUGUCAAACCGAGAAACUUUAUGGUGCAAACCGACUUCAACGGCCAAUACCACGUUUUCAUGAUUGAUUUCGGGUGCUGCGAGUUCAUCAGGGAAGUCCGGACCAGAGCUGAAUGGCAGAGAAAGAAGGCAAGCUACGAUGAAGAAGGCGCCAUUGGAUUUGUCAUGGAACAACAGCUGCCGGGUGGAUUUGUGUACCGCCGAUCCGAUCGAUACACGAAGCUGCGUGGCAAAUACAUGAUGGAGGGACUGACCUCAGCAUGGUCUUUGGUUCCACAAGUCGAGAGUCAUUCGAUGCGAGCAAAAAGGAAGGUGUGGAAGAACAGCAAGAUGAGUCUGGGUACCAGACUGAGUGACUCAUCUUAA